GCAAGUACUCGAAGUCCGAGUUUUCGGGAGAGCGGUCUAUCACAGUAUCGUAUCACGGAAUGGCCGUCAGCAUCCUCAUCAGAAUUUCAUCAGUAGUCGCAUCAGUAUUCUCAUCCAUAGCUCAGUAUUCCAUCAGUAGUCUGAAUGCGGUGCAGCGCAGAGCUAGCGCGCUGCUGAUGGCGCGCCCGGGCUGAAGUCUUUGGCCUGCGUUUUCGGUCCACGGUGCAGCUGAACUCUACCGUCGACACCCCAAUUGCCUGCAUAUCGCAUCACCAGCAGCCAACAUUUCACGCCGGCGGUGACUUCGGGAUCGACCCAAUGGCUUCGCGCCUUGCUUUUUCCUGCAGCGUCAUCGCAACUGCCAUAUAACAACUCUGCAGGCGCCAUCUGUCACGGAACACCACAGCAACAAUGGCCUCGCCGAACAGCCCCAAGGUGCACGACUUCGCAUCGCCCAACUCUCCCCAAGAUGCGCACAUCCCUCAGGGCGUCGGUAGCCCAUCAUCAGCACCUCCUGGCUUGGCUGUCGACACGCAGAUGGCGGGCCAGAACCAGAGUCGCGGUCGCUCCGCCAGCUCCGUCUCAGCUACAGCAGCCCGCGCGGACGGCAACAGCCUCCUGUCUCCCUCCCGCUUCUCCAUCGAAUCCGGUCUGCGACGACGGCCGACGCGUUCCAACACCAUUCGAAACUAUCAAUCGCCGACAGUGCCGGAUUGGGAGGAGCCGGGCGCUGAGCCCGGCGUAAACACCAAGAAGGAGGAGGAGAUUGCCCGCUAUAAACAUCUCCAUGAGCGUUGCGAGGUCACCGUGGUCGACUUUUCCGAGGAGGAUGUGCAAUGUCAAGAUUUGAACAACGACAAUUUGGAAGAGUUCCUUCGCAGACCCAAGGACCCGUGGGUAGCAUGUCGAUGGAUCAAUGUGAACGGUUGGAGCACCGAUGUCAUCACAAUUCUACAAGAGUACAAGCAUCUCCACCCUCUAGCAGUUGAGGAUUUGAUGAACGAGGGGGGUCGCACAAAAGUUGACUGGUAUUCUGAUCAAGCUUUCCUGCUGUUGACGCUUUCAAAACUUGUUCGUAAACCGGAAGAUGAUUCAGACAGCGGUUCCGAUUCCGACGACGAGCCAAGGAAGCCAAGCCCCCAAAAGAAGCAGAAGAAGUCCCUUGGCCGCAUGACGAAUGCCUUCAGCUCGAAAUCGGAUGAGAGCGACCCCAAGGAUGUCGAGAAGUCUUGGGGCAAAGAAGAGAAGGACUACAACAUCAACGGCGCCGUUGCCUCGCACAACCGGACUAUAGGUCAACGUGCAGAGGAGCAUCCCUCACUGCAUAGAUAUCGUGGCGGUCCGAACGAGGACAGGACCCUUUACAUGGAGCUGCACUCGGCGCUGAAGCUGCUGAAAGCGAAGGGCAAGGACGUUUACGUCAGCGCUGAGCAAGUGUCCAUCUUCAUUUUCGCUGACAACACCGUGGUUUCCUUCUUUCAGCGCUCCGCGCGCGAGAUCGAAGGGCCUAUCAUCAAGCGUCUGAAUACUAAGGACACCAUGAUUCGCAGGAGCGGUGAUGGCAGCAUGAUCGUCCAAGCCAUCAUUGACGCCAUAGUCGACUUGGCCAUGCCUGUCGUAGCAGCCUACGAAGACGCCAUGGGCGAACUGGAGCUCGAUGUUCUACAGGCUCCCGAGAUUCACCACUCCCAGCAACUAUACAUUCUUUCUUCCGAAUUAUCGGUUCUGAGAAAUACUAUUCAACCUAUCAUCUCUCUCAUCAACUCCCUCCGCGACCACAAAACCGACCCAGUGACAACGCCCAGUUUCACCAACCUCCAGUCACGGAAGUCGAUCUCGUCCGUCGCUAUCUCGCCGCUUACGCACACGUACCUCGGCGACGUUGAGGAUCACUGCCUGAUGAUCACUGCUUCUCUUGACCAAAUGCGCCGUGCAGCCGACAACCUCAUCGACCUCAUCUUCAACAUGACGGGCGCCUACCAAAACGAAUCCAUGAAGAUCCUCACCGCCGUCACCAUCUUCUUCCUACCCUUAACCUUCCUCGUCGGCUAUUUUGGGCAAAACUUCGAGCGCUUCACGGGCGUCCAGGAACACUCGGACGCCUUCUUCUGGGUCAUCGCGGUGCCCGUCAUGGUAGUCACGAUGCUUGUUCUGAUGAGCGAGAGGAUCAUGAGAAAGGUGAAGAAAACGAGGGAGCAGCGGACUCGCAAGGAGGCUAAGAGGAAGAGAGUCGGAUCAGAGCGUAUUAGGGCUAAUAAGAACGGGGAGGGGAAGCAUGGCAAACAUGGCAAGCACAAGCAUCACAUGAAGAAGAGGCAGACCAUUUACACCAAGGGCCAGAUUGGGUCGUUCUGA